UGCAUAUUAAUUCGAAUACAGACAAUAUAGAGAUGGCCAUUACCAUGAGUUUUGGUAAAGGGUUACUUAUCCUUCUCCUAACCUUAGUAGCCACCUUGGCAAUUAGCCAAGCUGAAACGGUUGUUGUUGGAGGCUCAGAGGGAUGGCGCUACGGCUACAAUUACACUGAUUGGGCCUUGAAACACGGUCCCUUUUUCCUUAACGACACACUAGUGUUCAGGUAUCCUCCUCCUAACGACACCGUGAAGCCUCACAGUGUGUACCUGCUACCAAACCUCUACAGCUUCUUGACAUGCGAUUUUAAGGCCGCAACCCUGGUGGCACCUCCCAAUCAAGGAGGUGGAGAUGGGUUUUCGUAUACGCUGAGUCGGGUCAGGCCUAACUACUUUGCUAGCAGAGAGGGAAAUGGCGAUGACUGCACCAAAGGAUUGAUGAAAUUUGCUGCCAUUCCUCUCUAUCGUCCUCCAUUCCCCUGAUGUGUUUUCAUUAAACCAACAAUCAGCCAACAUAUGGUUAACUGAGCAGUGAUCUAGCUUAAGAUUUUAGCUUGGAGUACUAUUUAUUGUACGGAAUGAAUAAAUGCUGCCAGAAAAAAAAAAUAUAUGAGGCUGAGCACAAUCGAAAUUAAGAGUGGAUACACAUAUACUAGUUCUUUAUUUCAGUUCUGUACUCAAGUGAUACGGUAAUGAAACAGAA